AUUCGCUGGCUGGACAGGGAUCACUCUACACAGAUCAUUCCACAAGAGUGCGCCUUAAUCCGGGAGGCUCGAUUGCGGCAUUUCGUGAGAAUGCUUGUAUUCAAGUACUUCUUUAUUUUUGUCCUGUGAUACUUCACCACUCUACGCGCCAGUGCAAGCUGAGCUGGGACGGUUCGUGUAACACAAACCAGCGCACAUCACAAUUCGGCACUGCUUAGACGCCGGGAUAGCAAACGACACAGGCUUCAUACAGUGCUCCUGUUAUCGACUAUGGCGAGCAUCAAAGACUUAAGAUGGGCGCGGGAUUGCAAGCAAUUCAGGAAAGUUCACGCACCACCGCAGCCAUGGCAGAUCACAGCAUUUUUGCGGUCCUCGUGAACGCGGAGGUUUUGUUUGAUCCCGCAUUCACUGGGUCUUGGAAUCCCCACCACUUUGAACCAAGAUCAGCAAUUGAUACGUUUCUUGACACUGAUGUCAAGAGUCACUUGAAUGACUAUAAACACCCGGGCAAAUUUGGAGAUCUUCAAAGAGGUGCCCAUCUUGUCUUGACUCUGGAUCGACUGCCGAAAGAUCCUGCCAAAGGAUGGGUGAUUGGACACGACAAAAACGUAUGCGAUAUCUAUGUCGGGAUCGGGACUGGUCACAUAAGCGCGGAGCAUUGCAGGAUUCAGAUCGAUGAUCAACAUCGCGUUUGGCUAUUCGAUCAAUCUUCUCACGGCACCAUCGUCGCCUAUGGACGUCACUGUAGCGGUCUGCGUCGUUCAGAUCGAUUCUUCCUCCACAGCCGGUUUCGAUCCGUAGAUGUGGACUGGAAAAAGAUUCGAAUCGAAGUAGAUCACACAAAAUUCUACAUAUACUUUCCAAACCACAACUCUCCACACCCAGAAUACGAAGCGAAGUUGAGGCGGUACUGUGAAGCGGCACAAGAUGCUCUACCUCCAAUGCAUGGGCUGGGUCUGGCAAGUAGGAUUACCACUAUGCAGCCUACUGAAGCCGCGCCCUCAGGCCGUCAGGUUUCUCCAUUCAUGAUUGAUAUGCAAACACUGUACAAAGUUGAUCACUGCCAUGUCACUGUGGCUUUCAACACUCGCGAAGGGUACGUUUGUGUGCAAAAGAAGACGUUUCACACACAAAGAGCGAAUCACAGAUUGGCGGGUCAGACUGAAGAAGCCUGGCUAGCCAAGACCCGUGAGCAAGUCGCAACUAUGCAGAAAUUAAAUCACCCGAACAUAGCACGCGUGCUCGACUUCUGGGAACAGCCAUCCCCAACUUUACUCAUGCCGUACUACUCGGGUGGGGAUCUCCACCACUUCCUCUGCGAACGUGACCGGCGACCUUUAGAGGUUACAAAGGUCCGUGAUCUCAUGCGUCAGCUCUUAAGCGGCGUUGCAAAGCUUCAUGCGCGCGGUGUUGUACACCGCGACUUAAAAUCUCUCAACAUUGCCAUUGAAUCGAGCGACAAUCCUUUUUCGGUGGUGAUUCUCGACUUUGAUCUUGCAAGUACCAACCCAAAUGGAGUGAUGAGAACAGUGUGCGGCACUCAAGGCUAUUUCGCUCCAGAGAUCUAUGACAGAGAUAAGACAAGCAGGAAGCCGGUGGGAUAUUCGUCGAAGGUCGAUGUCUGGUCAUUGGGCAUGGUUUUCCUGGAAGCCAUCAGGCCCGAUUUCGCGAAGGAGCUACACGGAGAGUGUGCGACUCACGAAUAUAAUGGCACACCCGCGGGAUUCAGUCUGAAUCAUUAUGUCAGGUUCGUCAAUGAAGAACUGACACGACUGGACGGCAACGUACAGUUCAGCCAAGGCGAAAAGAAAAUUAUCAAAGCGAUGCUGGACGCAAAUCCAAAAAACAGAGUCACCGCCGCCCAAUGUCUCGAAUAUGCUUGCGACAUCGGCCUCUUCCGCAAGAGCAAUGAAGGGGAAUUCAUCUACGAGGCUGGGAGAGGACCAAUCACGGACUUACCGGUGCUGCCCGUUGAAGAGAACCUUGCCACAAUCGCCGAGCACGCUCAAGAGGAUGACUCGGCGCCUCCUGCGGCUGAAGCGGGACCGUGCUACAACAUCCCCUCUGAAGCUACUACUCAUCAGGAAAGUGGCAAUAACACCCCUCGUGCGACUGAAUGUGACACUCCACAGGUGUUUGUUUCAUGCGUUGAGGAAAUAGAUGAUACCCAAGGAGAGGAGGAGCCCGACGAGUACUCGCCAGCUCCCAGUGGAAGCAGAGCGCCUUUGCAUCCUGACUUUUUCCAGCCAUCCGAUUAUCGCGGGUCUUACUAUGUUGAGACUCCGCGGUUCGUCGAGAGCGAGGCUGUGCGUGUAUUGCCAGAUGAAAAGGACAAUGUCACGCCACACCCAAUCGAGAUGUUGCCUGAGACUUCGACGGCUUUCGGGUGGGACGAUGAGACUCCGCAGGUCAACGAGAUGGACGAUGAGACUUCACCGGCUAUCGAGACGGAUGCUGGAUAUGAAGUCUCGGUCGAGCCAUCUUCUACUGCUGGUUCUGACGAUAGCUUUGUCGGGACUACUGCGGCGCACGCUCCUGGGCAAUCUGUCAAAGCGUCGACUGACACUUCAUCGAGGGUGUCAGGCGACGAGUUGGCAAGCUUUGUUGAACAUCAAAGCGAGAUCGUGUGUGGAGGUGACCACAAUCAUGAAGAUCAGACAGAUAAUGCGUCUACAGGCAGCGCUGUCCAGAACUUGAUCCACGUUGAGUUGUUAGAAAGCUCUAGCUGGAAGCGUCGCGCGCCAGACGAUGAUGAGGGAAGCACUACUGACGCUCAAGCCGGCUCUACGAAACGGGUCAAGGCCUCCCUGUAGUUCGUUGAAACAAAACGUGAUUUGGAUGAUGAAGUCGACGUGGCACCUUGAACUUCGCUGCACCACUCCUGUUUACAUAGAGCCACAUAGGGCAAACUCACAGCAAAUUUAGACUGUGUACUGUAUUCGAAUGUUUGGAUGAUAUACAAUGAAACGAUGUAAGCUAUUAUUAACCUCUGGCAAUUAAUGAAAACAAUUCCCCAUCGUAUAUCCAGCGCUUCAGUCCAUUGGUAGUAUCUCAUUGUGCUGUGCCAUGCAAGUUGCCGUUGCCACUCCUCACAUGAAGGUGUAUCGGGCACAAAGGGUUAAACACAC